GUAUGUGGAGAUUUGCUUCUAGGUUAGCAAUUUUUUAAGGAAAUGAUUGCGCAGUUAAAAUUUCCCUGUCGAUAAUUUAAGGCCUUCCCUUUUGAACAGUUAUAAGUAGGUUUUGUAAGUAUAUUUGAAGUCAAUAACUAAGGUGUUUGGCCACUAAUGUCCUUUUUUCUCGUAUUUUUAUUACAGGUCGUACUUUGUGAAGAUUGGGCGUCGAGGACUUUGAACUAAGUGUAUGAAGACAAAUAUCAAAAACAUCAAAUAUUUUUUUCUGCUCAAGUAAUGGACAUUUGAUUACUAUUUUUGCCUCCAUCUUGUUUAAGAAGAUAAAAUUAGUGUAGGUCUCACAAAACCCGCCCAAUAUAAGCUAAAGCAAAUUUUUUCAAACAUCCAUUUUGCUUUGUUGAAUGAAGUCAUGAUAGUUUAUUCUCCAAAACUGUUGUAACAGAUCGUUGCUGUAAAGCACAAUUAAUUAUUCCUGAGACGCUGAAAGGAGAGGUAUUUAUAAAAUGGCCAUAGAAGGUGUGGAUCCUAGGGAGGUGCUGAAGGGUGUGGAGGCUAUGCUUGGUAAGGAGGGAGAACUUCGCAGUCUCGAAGGAGUCGCCACGAUUGUCAGCCUAAUGAAAGCUUCCCAUAAGAUGGUUAGCAGAUGCAUGUACCUAAACAUCUUGCUUCAGACCAAAUCCCACGACAUACUCAACAGGUUUAUCCGUCUUGGGGGAUACAAGCUGCUUAAUGGCUGGUUGACCUACGCCAAAACCACGAGUAACACCCCUCUGCUGCAGCUCAUCCUGCUCACCCUGCAGAAACUGCCCCUCACUGUUGACAACCUCAAGCAGAACAACACUGCUAAGCUGGUCAAGCAGUUGAGUAAGAGUGGAGAGACUGAAGAGCUCAGGAAGUUAGCGUCUGUGUUGGUGGAUGGCUGGAUGGCCAUCAUUCGCUCUCAGAGCGUCGCUGCUUCCGGUGGCUCAGCUUCAGCAGACAAAAAGAAAAAGAAAGAUGAGAGCAAAGUGCGUAGUGUCGAGGUGAAGGUGGGAGAUGGAGGCAAGGCCCCCGAGGAGGAGAAGAAGCGGGAGACGCCCAAAGCCCACGCCCCCAGCCAUGCUAAGAUUCGAUCUACUGGGUUAGAGGUGGAAACUCCCACUCCAGUCCUGAUCAAGAAGGCUCCCGCUAUGCCCCAGCUGGGAGACAAGUACAACAUUAAGCCAGCUGUUCUCAAGAGGCCCAGUGUUAUCUCAAUUGACAACCCCCCAGUGGAGAAGAAGUACAAGCCUCUCAACAUGACACCCAAUUCCACCAAAGAAAUCAAAGUCAAGAUCAUUCCUGCUCAGCCGAUGGAGUGUACAGGCUUCCUGGAUGCUCUGAAUUCAGCUCCAGUACCUGGAAUCAAAAUCAAGAAGAAGAAGAAGGCUGCAUCUCCGACAUCAAACAAGCCUUGUCCUUUUGACAGCAAACCCGGUGCUUAUCCUUCCCAAGCAAAACCGUCGUCUCCCAAUGCUCUAGCUUCCCACACGCCCCCCCACGAAACCGUGGACCUGGAGCAGCCUGGAACGCCGAUUCCCCAUGAGGAGACAGAAGCCAUGGAUACCGCGGAUAAACACAAUGCCCUAUCAGAGCCUCGCGGCGAGGAGGAAAGUCAGCUAACCAAGAAAGGCAAGAAGAAGAAAAGCGUACGCUGGGCUGAGGAAGACCAGCUGAAGGAAUACUUCUUUUUUGACCUGGAUGAGACAGAAAGAGUCAACGUCAACAAGAUCAAGGACUUUGGAGAAGCCGCACGGCGGGAGCUGAUGAUGGACAGGCAGACGUUUGAGAAGGCCCGGCGACUCUCCCAUGAUACCAUGGAGGAGAGGGUACCCUGGGUUCCUCCUCAACCCCUGAUGCCGUCUGGCUGCCUGGUCACCCCAGGAGCCAAUAGUACUGAGAAGCACACCCAGAAGGAGCGAGAGAUGGGCAUCCUGCAGGAGAUCUUCCUGAGCAAAGAGAGCGUUCCUGAUUGCCCACAUGAACCAGACCCUGAGCCCUAUGAGCCCACACCUCCCCGCCUCAUACCUCUGGAUGAGGACUCUUCCUCUGUGGACGAUGGCUAUAUGGAGCCGAUGGACACCUCUCCCCAGCCCAGUUCUGCUGCUGCGUCCACCGAGGGCUCCAAACUUCCCCCUGUCCUGGCUAACCUGAUGGGCAGCCUGGGCAACAGUGGGCGCAGCCCCCAGACUCAAGCCACUCCCAGCAACACCAGCGCCCCCACUGUCAAUGUACAGGAACUGCUCACCUCCAUCAUGGGUGCGCAGAGCAGUCAGUCUCCGGAGGACCUGAUCAAGCAGCCUGAUUUCUCUGACAAGAUCAAGCAGCUGAUAGGCUCCCUGCAGCAGACCCAGAACCAGCCCCCUCCCGCUGGACCCCCCCCAGUGAGCACCGGCCUGCUGGGCCACAGCCCCAGCAUGAACAUGAACCACAGCAUGAACAUGCCGAUGCCCAUGAAUGGCGGCUACCCCCCCAACAAGCCGCCCUCUGGGCCUCACUACAACCAUCCUCCGCCUCCCCAUGGCCACGGCCCCCCCUUCGCCUCCGGCGGUGGUCCCAGGAUGAUGGGCCCACCCCCGCCUCCUCCCCGUGGGGGAGAUGGAGGGUACUGGAAUGAGGAACCUAUGAGGGGCGGCCCCCAUCGCGGGGGCGGCGGCCAUUACCACCGUGGACGUGGCGGGCGAGGCGGAGACCAGGGUUACAGAGGCGGAGACCAGGGUUACAGAGGUCGUGGCGGACGGGGAGGUGGCGGGCCCCCAAGAGGAGGUGGAGGGGGACACAACAACUCGCAUAUGGGAGACAUGUCCAACCGGCCCGUUUGCAGACACUUCAUGAUGAAGGGAAACUGCCGGUAUGAGAACAACUGUGCCUUUUACCACCCCGGAGUGAACGGACCACCCCUACCCUGAGCACCCCACCCCCAUAGCACUGAAAGACAUUAAGACAUUGAAUCUGCCACUAAGAUGGAUCUACAUGAAGAUCGCAGCUGCUACCCAAGGAGACCUAACACUGCUGCUGCUGUUCGGCCUGUGUGCCUGACAGAACAGAUUUAAAGGAGACCGUAGUCACCUAUUUAAUAAUGAUCACUCUUGAUGAUGAUAAGAUUAAGGAAAUAGGAGGCAUGGAAUAUUGGGUGAAGUGGUUCACUGAAAUCCAUUUGGUUAGCAAUUAUUUUUUUCACCUGGAACAUAUAGCUGCAAGGUGCUGUGUUGGACUUGCUCAUCCUGCCUCUUUCUGGUCAUAGUGACUGCUCAACCACUCCCCCUAUUGGGGUUUACUACUGGAGCUCACCCACGUCUUUGAAGAUGACGAUGAAGCUAAACGUCCUUGACCCCCCUCCUCAUGGUUCUUGGACAUAGUGUUCCCUACCAUGACCACUUGAAGAGUGUUAUCCUUCUCAUUCCUUCUGUCCCUCACUCUUGGCCUCUCCCUCUCUCCGAGGCUUUUCUAAUCAUUGAACUUGGCUCUGGAUAUUGGUGAAUGCGGACGUACCUCAAAAUCAUGCGUAGCUUUGCUUUGCUGUUUUUGGUAAGUCACCCAGAUGGAAAGGGGCCGGCAGUGUUGCCCUGAGCCAAUCUGCCCAUGUGGGACUGAGACAUGUAGGUUCUCUUUACUGUUGUCUUCAAACCGACAUCAUAAUUUUCAACCGACUGUGACAGACCAUAGACACACUGGAUGUAGUAGGCAAAACCCACGAUGGCUCGACGUCUGUACCCCUAUAUGUCGUGCCCUGUACUUUGCACUGAGCUGUUGGCUCUCAUUCCUGUUCUUUAUCUUAUCAAAAAUCCAGGCUUGUUGGGGAGGUUAGUGCAAUGAGAUCCCAGCUAUGGUCCUAUUAGCAGACGGGCACAUGUUCGUACCCCUUCCUCCAGUCUAAUGUUUCACACAGGGAUGUGUGCUUUUGAGUUUCCUGAAUUGUGUUGGACUGAAUAGCCUUUCCUGCUGUAAUUUCCUUAGUUUGAGCUUGAGUUCCCUGAGGCGAAAGGUAUUCACUGAAUGUACCAGCAUCGGGCCCUGAGAGGAGCCCGGUGCCUCAUAUAAGACCAGAAAUAUUGUGUAGACCCUGUUAUUUAAAAUCAGAUUUAACCAUGGUGAGUGAUGACCCCCCCGACCCCCCCCCCCCCCC